UAGUGGUAACAUGACAAGUGUCGAGAGUUCGCAGAUUAGGGGAAGUUCCCAGUUUGAUAAGGGACCGAGACGAAUGUGGACAACGUCUGAAGAAUCGUUGCUUAUAAAUGUGUUGAAAGACAUUUGCAAUCAAGGUUGGAAAUCCCAAAACGGCGCAUUCAGAUCAGGCUAUUUGCACCACUUGGAGAAGACUUUAACAGAUGCACUAAGUGGAAAUGACCUACGUGCCACUCCACACAUUGAGUUGAAGAUUAAAAAUUGGAAGAAAACCUACAAUACACUCGUCACCAUGCCUAGCACGUCAGGGUUUGGGUGGAACGACGCAGAACAUAAGAUAGAUGUUGAAGGGGACGAUGUUUGGGCUGAGUAUGUCAAGGUACUACUUUCCAACCCCACUACUAUCGUCCUUAAGUCAUUCAUUAAUAGCUUUUUAUUUUCCAGAAAAGAUAGCAAUGCGAAAGGAAUGCGUGAGAAAAGCUGGUCUUACUACAAUGGCUGGAGCAUAAUUUUUGGAAAAGAUCGUGCAACGGGCGAGUAUGCCAAAGAUUUAGAAGAGAUGAUUGGGGGUAAUGAUGCGGGAGUUCAGGUGCAUGAUACUGAGGAUGCCGCAGACACUGACGUAAAUAUGGCAGACACUAGAACGUCUAAAAGCAAGCCUCAACAUGGUGUGGUUGGACAGGGGGACACACCCACAAGUCGUAAACAAUGGAGGAAGACAACUGGUGAAGCAUCUGAUGGAAUUGCACGCAACAUAAAUAAAAUGACGGACAUACUUGGUGACUAUGUAUCAAGUUGUGGAAAACAACUCUCAAACAUUGCUCAGAGGGUGCAUGAUACUGAGGAUGCCGCAGACACUGACGUAAAUAUGGCAGACACUAGAACGUCUAAAAGCAAGCCUCAACAUGGUGUGGUUGGACAGGGGGACACACCCACAAGUCGUAAACAAUGGAGGAAGACAACUGGUGAAGCAUCUGAUGGAAUUGCUCGCAACAUAAAUAAAAUGAUGGACAUACUUGGUGACUAUGUAUCAAGUUGUGGAAAACAACUCUCAAACAUUGCUCAGAGGGUCGGUUACAAGACGACUUACAAGAUUUCUAGUGACCCGAUUAAGGUGGACCUCUUCAUGAGCUUGCCAGAAAAUGAGAGACCAGCAUGGCUUCUUGGCGUG